AUGGAAGCCUCCUCUCCUUUAGCGGCGCUGCAUCGCCCGUCAAUGCUCCCCAGCUGGGGGAGCAGAGACAUCUUUCGCGGACACCCUCACUACGCGACAUCGUCCGUGACAUCUGCCAGCAUGAGCCUGCGUGAGCAAAUGCACAAGCAUUCUACCGGCGACUACUUCAACGUCAAGGACGUGCGAGGUGCCUCGCCUGCUACAAGCUUGGCUGCUGACAUCUCCCAGAACUUCCGACUUGACAGCGACUCAAGUCCCAAGUUCCAUACUCCUCGAAGAGCACUCUUCACUGCUGGCAUGGUGCGCAGCUUCCAAGAUCGAGAUUCCCUAAAAACUCCCCCGUUGCCUACAUCAUCGCCCGCUCCCUUGGCUGAGCUCAAGGAGUUGAUGGAAAUCUCUCCUCUGCCUCACAAGGCCCCUUUCUUCACUCAAUUCGAGAUUACAUCUCCAACUCCCGGCUCUACACCAGCCGCUGACGAUGAAAUGAUGCUUGAUUCGCCCGCUCCCAUCUCUCGGCAGUCUUCCUUGGAACCACCCAAGCCCAUCAUGGCUGAAAACCGUAGAAUAGCUAUGCCUCGACGACCUUCCCUGACACGGAUGAAGGGUUUCAGUACUACGGCGGUACCGAAUCGUCAGGCUGACGCCGUUGACACAACCCCCUUUCGCUUUAGUGCUGGCGGAUCCCGUCUCAACCACACCAGCUCCAAUCUGUCGCUAAGUGAAUGCUUCGAGUCCGCAUCACCGCCUCAGGAGCGCAGGCCUGCCUCUGCCAACAGCCCCUGCCCUGGUAUGCCUGCUGGCCGUGCUAGACCCCAGUUCCUCAACUUCAACGCUUGCGCUCGCAACAACGCCUCCCCUUCCAUGAACGCGCAUUCCCGCCGACAGUCCAACCCCUUUCUCAGGAAUCGCAAGCAGUUCCGUCGAUCGUUGAGCAUGUUCGAGCAUCCUGCUGACGUCAUGAAGAGCAACUCAGAUGGAGAGGAGACCCCCUCCCCUGCGCUUCAAUCGGUCAUGGAUGUGGAGGAGGCUCAAGAACCCGUCCUCCCCCAUUUCCUUCUUGAAGACCCUACUGAUACCAUUCCUCGCAUCAGUCGCGAGACUCUCGUCGAUGUCUUGGACGGCAAGUACAGCUCUCACUUUGACCAGAAGAUCGUGGUCGACUGCAGAUUUGAGUACGAGUAUGAGGGUGGCCACAUUGAUGGCGCUGUCAACUACAAUGACAAGGACCUACUUACAAAUCAGCUCUUCCAGACUCCCAUGGACGGACGAACUCUUCUCAUCUUCCACUGCGAGUACUCUGCUCACCGUGCCCCCCUUAUGGCUCGCCAUGUUCGCUCUGAGGACCGCACCGUGAAUGCUGAGCAUUACCCUAAGCUUACGUAUCCUGAAGUCUACAUCCUAGACGGUGGAUACUCUGGUUUCUUUACCGAGCACAGGGGUCGAUGCUAUCCCCAAGAAUACGUUGAGAUGUCAGACGAGGCUCACCAGCGCACUUGUGAACGCGAAAUGGGUCGAUUGAAAUCUCGCAAGGGUCUCAGCCGAGCCGCUACUUUUGCCUUUGGCCAACGUGAGCGUAGUGUGGAAGAGUCACCUACUGCCCCCAGUAGACCUAGCUCACGACACCCUCAUUUGCAUGCAUCUAUCUCCCGACUUGGUGCCUCCCCAAUCACACGCCGCAUGGCCUCAUACUAG